GAGAUGAUGGAGAUGGCUCAGAAAUGGGCCGACGAGCUGGCACAAACCCAGGACCUGGCUCACAGCGGCUACAAACUGAGAGGGGUCCGGAUUGGAGAGAACAUCGCCAUGAAGUGGACCUCAAACAACGCCGUCUAUAAACCCCAGGAGGUGUGUGACCAGUGGUACAGCGAAGUACGAAACCACCAGUUCGGUGUGGAGCCCACGGUUCUGACAGCAGGUCACUUCACCCAAAUGGUGUGGAGAAACUCCACGGAGAUAGGGGUCGGCCGUUCUCAGGCCAAGGACGGACGAUCAAUUGUCGUGGUCAACUACUAUCCACCAGGCAACGUUAUUGGAGAGUUUACGGUAAAUGUACUGCCUCCGGACGAUUAG